AUGAGAGGAGGAGGCGGGACGGCAAUGGCGAUGGGUUUUGGGUUGUUUCUGGUGUUGGCCUUGACGACGACGACGCCGACGUUUUGCGGUGGCGCCAACGUGACGUCCGACCGUCGGGCGCUGUUGAUCGACGGGAAGAGGCGGGUUCUGAUUUCCGGGUCGAUCCAUUACCCUCGCAGCACUCCCGAUAUGUGGCCAGACUUGAUACAGAAAUCAAAGGACGGUGGAUUGGAUGUGAUAGAAACUUAUGUUUUCUGGAACUUGCACGAACCAGUUCGAGGCCAGUACGAUUUUGAAGAUAACAAAGAUUUGGUGAAAUUCGUGAAAUUUGUUAAAGAUGGUGGUCUCUAUGUUCAUCUGCGGAUUGGUCCUUAUGCCUGCGCUGAAUGGAAUUAUGGUGGAUUUCCUCUGUGGCUGCAUUUUAUACCAGGAAUUGUGUUUCGAACUGAUAAUGAGCCCUUCAAGGCUGAAAUGAAGAAAUUUACGGCCAAGAUAGUCGACAUGAUGAAGCAAGAAAACUUAUAUGCAUCCCAAGGUGGACCCAUAAUUUUAUCACAGAUAGAAAACGAGUAUGGUAAUGUGGAAGGUUCGUAUGGUGCUGAUGGGAAAGCAUACGUAAAGUGGGCAGCAUCGAUGGCUACCUCAUUAAACACGGGGGUGCCGUGGGUUAUGUGCCAGCAAAAAGAUGCCCCUUAUCCUAUUCUCGAAACAUGCAACGGGUUUUAUUGUGACCAAUACACUCCACAAUCUAAGAACACGCCGAAAAUAUGGACAGAGAACUGGACUGGCUGGUUCUCUUCAUUUGGUGAUGCUGUGCCGUACAGACCUGUGCAAGAUCUUGCUUUUGCUGUCGCACGGUUUUACCAGCUCGCUGGAACUUUCCAGAACUAUUACAUGUACCACGGUGGAACUAACUUUGGCCGCACUUCUGGUGGCCCUUUUAUUUCCACAUCCUAUGAUUAUGAUGCUCCAAUUGAUGAGUAUGGGCUUCUGAAUCAGCCUAAAUGGGGUCACUUGAAAGAUGUACACAAGGCUAUCAAACUAUGUGAAGAUGCAAUGGUGGCAACCGAUCCCAAAACCACUUCCCUCGGUUCAAAUUUGGAGGCGACGGUAUAUAAUACUGAUUCGGGAAAAUGUGCUGCAUUUCUAGCAAAUUCGGGCACAGGGUCUGAUGCAACCGUAAAUUUCAAUGGAAAUUCCUAUAACUUGCCGGCUUGGUCUGUCAGUAUCUUGCCUGACUGCAAGAAUGUCGUACUCAACACUGCAAAAAUUAACUCAGUUUCCACCACUGCAAAUUUCGUUCGUCAACCUUUAAAAGACAAAACUGCAGCUACUGAUGAUGGGUCCUUCUCGGGUUGGAGUUGGAUCAAUGAACCUGUAGGCAUAUCCAGUAAUAAUGCAUUCUCAAAAGCUGGAUUGUUGGAACAAAUAAAUACCACAGCUGAUCAAAGUGACUAUCUGUGGUAUUCUCUAGGCUUUGAAGCGAAAGCAGAUGGGUCCCAAACAGUCCAUGUGGAUUCUCUAGGCCAUGUUCUGUAUGCUUUUAUCAAUGGGAAACUUGCAGGGAGUGGGAAAGGGGGAAGCAACAACCAAAAAGUCUCGAUAGAUGUUCCGGCAACUUUAAAACAGGGAAAAAACAAGAUUGAUCUCUUGAGUGUGACAGUAGGAUUGCAGAACUAUGGAGCAUUUUAUGAUAGAAAGGGUGCAGGAGUUAGUGGCGUGCAGUUGAGAGGCUCGCAAAAUGGAUCAAGUAUUGAUCUGUCUUCCCAGCAGUGGACAUAUCAGGUUGGUUUAAAAGGAGAGGACUUGGGACUGUCUGCAGGAAGUUCCUCCCUUUGGGCAUCACAGCCUACUCUGCCUAAGAAUCAACCAUUAGUGUGGUACAAGACAACUAUUGAUGCACUUUCUGGUAACAGCCCAGUCGCUUUAGACCUGACGGGAAUGGGGAAAGGUCAGGCAUGGAUAAACGGUCGAAGCAUCGGGCGUUAUUGGCCCACCUAUAUUUCCCCAAAUAGUGGAUGCACUGACCCGUGCAAUUACAAGGGACCCUUUAAAUCCAACAAAUGUCUCAAGAAUUGCGGAAAACCAUCUCAGCAGCUCUAUCACGUUCCUCGUUCGUGGCUUAAGCCAACUGGCAACAUCUUGGUGUUGUUUGAGGAAGUAGGUGGGGAUCCCACAAAACUCUCUUUUGCCACUAGAGAGACUCAAACCGUAUGCUCCCAUGUUUCGGAGUCUCAUCCGGUUCCGGUGGAUAUCUGGACAUCCUCGGAUGAUGAAACGAGGAAGACACUUGGACCUACUCUUGCCCUAGGAUGCCCUUCUCCCGAUCAAGUGAUAUCCAGAAUCAAAUUUGCCAGCUAUGGAACUCCAAGUGGCAAAUGUGGGAGUUUUAGCCAUGGUCAAUGCAGUAGCGGGAGGGCCCGUUCAAUUGUCGAGCAGGCUUGCAUAGGUUCAAGAAGCUGCAAAAUUGGAGUUUCAGUGGAUACUUUUGGUGAUCCUUGUGCAGGGGUUACAAAAAGCUUAGCUGUUGAAGCUUAUUGUUCGGACAAAAAUUUGUCGGGCAAAUUGUCAUAG